UAUAAAUUAAAUUCAUUGUACUAUUUUUUUUCUUUUAUAAUUUUUUCUUCUCUCCCUUGACUGAUAUAAUGACUAUUAUUAAAUUAAUAAACUUCUGACAAAUUGGUUUAAGUAAUGGAUCUUAACCGGUUCUAUGGGGGAACGUGCAUGUAAUGAUUUCCCUCGUUCUUGAACACUGGGAAUGUCCAAGUCUAUGAUUCGGUGUCAUGUCCAUUUAUUUAAUUUAUAAUUGUUAAUUAAUUAUGGGUUGUUAGAGAUUAUUAGGAUGUGAUUAGUGGGGUUAGUGAUGGCCUAGAAUUGGGGGACUUAGUUAGGUGUCUUUGUUUGGGCUUUCUAGUUUAUACGGUUAGUAUUUUCAUUCUGUAUUUAAGGUAGUAGAUGGAUAGAUGCAAAGGAAUUAAUCAAGUAUAAUCAAGAAAAGGGUUUUACACACCUACGUGUUAAUUUGGGAGGUUAGUUUUCCUCGAAAAAGGUUAAGGGUUCCGUUCUCGCCAUUAAGAAGAACACUUCUCUUCUUCUCAGUCUAUUUAUCCUUCCUCUAUUCUUCUUCUUCCUAUUUCGAUCUUUCUCCCUAUAUUCUAUUCUACAAAACGUGCACAUAACAUUUGGUAUUAGAGCCGGCUGAUCCUACGACAAUGGAGAUUCGAGCAAAAUCACUUGAUUCUAAGCUGGAGGCGAUGGUGCAAGAGAACGACAUGUUGAGGCAGGUGAUGCGAGAAGGUUUUGCUGCUCUCAAUGAGAGGUUCGAUCGAUUGCUAGCAUUGCGGGAGAAGAAGGAACCCAGCAUGCAGCUCGGCGCCAACGGGGUAGGAGGCGACAACCAACUCAAUGCCAAAAUCAAUUGGCCCCAAUUGCUCAAGGCAGAGGUCUAUGCUACCAGCGAAAUGCAAACGGUGCUCGGGCUAACGGUUCUCCAACAACAUAGCAAUGCACCAAAAAUUUCAGAAUCUCUAGCCUCUUCUCUUGCUGUCACGUUGAUGAAAUCAGGACCAACUUCAAUUGUGCAGGGGACGUUCAAAGAAAUUGAAUUCCGGAAGACGACGGAGUCCAACCCAAGCAACCAAACCAUUCCGAGUCCCGUAAUGACCAUGCCGCUCGCACCCUUCCCGUGUCCAAGCUCUCUACCUACUCAUCUGUUGGGUUGGUCCAACUCAUAUGGUGGUUGGAUUAACCAGUUUGAGUUUGAGUUUUGAUUGGUUUCUAGAAGAUCCUCUAUUUUCAAAAUAGAGAGUUAUUGUCUACUCAAAAGUAAAAAAAAAGUGACAGCCUUUCAUUUUUUAGAGAGAGAGAAUCAGAAAAGAGAAUAGAUAAAGAAAAAGAGAGAAGAGAGAAAGAGUUGCAGUUUUUCGUUUCUGCAGCAGGGUAGCCUGUUCAAGUGAGGGUUGUGGAAGAUUGAACCGUUGGAUCGUCCUGAAAUUUGGACAGUGGGUUUGCAAUUUUCUGGGAUCCACUCUGACCGGAAGGAUCGCCGUUUGGAGAUCUAGUUUGUCUGAAAUAGCUGUUGGAUAGAAGGUGUACGAAUAUGUUUUUUGGUAUCUCUAAACCUCUGUUUGCCUUGCUGUUGUUCUUGUUAUCCACCAUGUUGGUCAGAGCUAUUGUGGUUGAUUGUUGAUCCAAGAAGGGUGUCCUUGAGGUGUUUGUAAUCCUCUAGCUAGUCUAGAGAGGACUUGUAAUCCCACCAAAGUCUAGUGGAGUUGUGGCUUGGACAAAGGUCCCGUGGUUUUUCCCGAUUUGGGUUUUCCACGUAAAAAUCGUGUGUCUUGUGCAUUCUAUUAUUGCUUGUGGUUGCAGCCCAGUUUCUCAACAGUGAUAUCAGAGCAUUAGGUUGUUUGGGGGCUGUGUUUGGUGAAUGGCAAGAAUGGAUGACUCAAGUGGAGCAAUGAUUAAGUUGACAUCAUCCAACUACUCUAUUUGGAAGCCACGGAUGUAGGAUAUUCUGUUUUGCAAGGAUCUCUAUGAGCCAAUUGAAAAUGGAAGCGAGAAGCCGGAAGACAAGACCGAGAAUCAAUGGGAGGUCUUGCAUAGAAAGGCGGUGGCAAUCAUUCGACAAUGGAUUGACCAAAGCAUCUUUCAUCAUGUUGCAAAAGAUACAAGAGCAUAUGAAUUGUGGCAGAAAUUGGAGUCCAUGUAUGAGAGGCAAUCCGCUCAAAAUAAAGCCUCACUCAUUCGAAGAAUUGUGAACUUGAAGUACAAGGAUGGGCGUAGUGUCUCGGAGCAUUUGAGUGACUUUCAAGGGCUUGUGAACCAGCUAACUACUAUGAAGUUAGCACUUGAUGAUGAAGUGUAAGCAUUGUUACUUCUCAGUUCUUUGCCGGAUAGUUGGGAGACUUUGGUGGUCUCACUUAGCAACUCAGCACCUAAUGGCAAGUUGACGAUGGACAUUGUCAAGGAUAGCAUGUUGAAUUAGAGAGGCAAGGAGAAAAGAGUUCGGGAUUACAUCAGAGUCACAUGCUUUGGUGGCGGAUAAUUCUGGAAGUCGUGGAAGAAGCAGAAAUCGAAAUUCCAACUUCAAGAACUCUCAAAAUCAAAGUAACAGCCGAUGGAGAUCAAAAGGGAGAUCAAAAUCAGUGUCAAGACCAAGAGGAGAAAUCACAUGUUAUCAUUGCAACUAGCCCGAACACAUGAGGAGAGAGUGCAGAAUCUUGAAACGAGAACAAGCUAGAGGAAAAGGUGUGGAAAACCGAGAAAAAGAUGAAACUACUGCUGUUGCCACAGAUGGUGAUGUGGUCAUUGUUUGUGAUGCCGGUUUUGUUAACCUUGCUUGUCAAGAGAGUACAUGGGUUGUUGACUCAAGUGCCUCAUUCCAUGUGACUAGGGGUGUACAUGGGUCGGGUGGUUCGGGUUUAACCAUUUUAAUCACCUGACCCAUGCACUACGGUUUGAGAAAUAUUAAACCCAAACCCACCCAAAAAAAAAUUAAACCCUACGGUUUAUUUUUAAUUUGGUUGGGUCGGGUUGGCGAUAUUUUUAAGUAAAAACCCAACCCAACACAAAAUAUGUAAUUAUUCCACAACAUAAAAUAUAUUUUAUAAAUAACUAAAUUUCAAAUGAAUAAACUGAGGUGAAAGGCAUCAAAUUUCAUAAAUGUUGAUUCAUUUUUAAUAAAAUGUGAUUUACUUC